GGAAGGGGGAAGAGGAUGGGGAGGUCUCACCCCUUUCCUUGAAGGAUACAACCCCAAAUUGCACACAUUAAUUACUCUUGCACCCCAUUGGCCAGAACUUAGUCACAUGGCCAUCCCUAGCUGCAAGGGAGGCUGGCAGAUGUAGUCUUAGCUGACCAACCCUAGGCCUAGCUAGAUAUGAUACUACAGGGGAGGUAGAAAGUGGUCGUGCAAGAACCUAGCAGUCUUUGCCACAAAAGGGAUCCUGACUCUUGUCAUUGUUUCUUGGCCCCUCAGCCAAUUUCAAGCGCCCAGUGGUGAUCCUGGGACCCGUGGCAGACAUUGCGAUGCAGAAGUUGACUGCUGAGAUGCCUGACCAGUUUGAAAUCGCAGAGAGCGUGUUGAGGACUGACAGGCCGUCUAAGAUCAUCAAACUGGACACCGUGCGGGUGAUCGCGGAGAAGGACAAGCACGCACUCCUAGACGUGACACCCUCGGCCGUGGAGCGCCUCAACUACGUGCAGUACUACCCCAUCGUGGUCUUCUGCGCCCCCGAGAGCCGCUCGGCCCUCAAGGCUCUGCGCCAGUGGCUGGCGCCGGCCUCCCGCCGCAGCACCCGCCGCCUCUAUGCUCAAGCCCAGAAGCUGUGGAAGCACAGCGACCACCUCUUCACAGCCACCGUUCACCUGCAAGGCACAAGCGACGGCUGGUACCAGGAGCUCAAGGCCAUUAUCCGGGAGCAGCAGAUGCGGCCCAUCUGGACAGCCGAGGACCAGCUGGACGGCUCCCUGGAGGACAACCUGGACCUCCCUCACCGCGGCCUGAAUGACAGCUCCGCGGAUCUGAGCUGUGACAGCCGCGUCAACAGCGACUACGAGACAGAUGGCGAGGGCUACACGGACGGCGAGGGCUACACGGACGGUGAGGGUGGGCCCCACACAGAUGUGGACGAGGGGCCCCCAGCACCAGCCCUGGGCCGGUCCUCGGAGCCUGUGCUCGUGGAAAAACCCGAGAGCCUGCGGGAUCAUGGGAGAUCCUCAGGCCACCAAGGGGCCCAGGUGAGCAGGAU